CUCGCACCCUGUGCCACCGCUGGCGUAGCAGCCACGACCAUACGACUAUGUCUGACUUCCUCGCUCGCGAAAGCGAAGUUUUGGGCGAGGAGUUCACCGGCACGCCCACUGGCGGUUCCUACGCAACCGCAGGCGGCGAAAUCGACUUCGACCGUGCUGCCUCUGCUUUCCCAGACAUCUCGCUCGAUGGCUCGGACGACAUUCCCGCCCCGAGCGUUGUUGUGCCAAUAAAGACAUCCAGCUUUUCAUUCGACGAUUUCAGUAGUUCGCCGCGAGAGCGCACUACGGAGGUCAAGGUGACAGGGGACGACGAAAUCGAGAAGUUCGAGAGCGAGUUUCCGGACAUUGAGGUCCCGGCGUCGCUACCUCCUGUUAUCCAGCCAACGUUUAAUUCUACACCGACGUUUGCACCGCAACCACAGUCUUCGGCGUUCUCAUCAACACCUAUCCUAAGCCAGGCAAUUGACGAAGAGGAGCCCGAAGUCAUCAGAGAAUGGCGCGAGAAGCAAGAAGCAGAGAUCAAGGCGCGCGACGAAGCCUCCAAGGCGAAGCGGGAUGAGACCAUCUCCAAGGCAGAGCGCGCUAUCGACCAGUUCUACGAGGAAUACGCAGCCAAGAAGGAGCGCAACAUCCGCGAGAACAAGGAGCACGAAGAGGAGUUCGUCUCGAAAAUGUCCGAUUCGCUCUCGCAUGGUACGACUUGGGAGCGCAUCUGCGACAUCAUCGAGCUGCAGAACUCGCAGAGCAAGACUAUCGCGCGGGCGGGCCCCGGCACGACGGACCUCUCGCGGUUCAAGGAGGUGCUCUUGCGACUGAAGAGGGAGGGCGAGGCUGCGCCUGGGGCUGCUGGAUACUAGGAGGCUGGGACAAUGUAGAGACU